AUGUCAUCUACUGCCGCUGAUCAGCAGCCAAUCGAGACUCGGCUCUUUAUCAAUGGCGAGUUUCAACCAGCUACGGGUGGGAAAACAUUCAAGUUGAUUAAUCCAUAUACACGUGAACCAGUUGCAGACGGUAUUUUGCUGCCCCAGCCACCAAUAUUGCAAGUCCAUGAAGCAAGCGAGCAAGAUGUGGACAAGGCUGUGGCAGCAGCCAAAGCCGCCUUCCCAGCUUGGAGAGACCUCACCCCGGAUGAUAGGGGUAUCUACCUGCGCAAACUGUCAAAUUUAAUUAAGGAGAAUAUACCUGAACUGGCUCGUUUGGAGUCCAUCUCAAUGGGAAAGCCUGUAUCGCUUUACAUAGAUGGCAAAAUGGCUGCAGACACUUUUGCUUACUAUGCAGAGACCGGCUGGCAUGCGCAAGGAACUAGCAGCGUGAAUACCCCCGGCGUUCUUGGUCUUUCGCUUAGGCAGCCGUACGGCGUCGUUGGCGCUAUCAUCCCUUGGAAUAUGCCAUUGGGGCUUUUAUCCUUUAAGGUUGCCCCUGCUUUGGCUGCUGGAAACACUGUGGUGCUCAAGAGUAGCGAGAAGGCGCCCUUGACUUCUGCUUUCGCGGCCAAACUGAUUGCAGAAGCUGGCUUCCCACCCGGCGUCGUCAACAUCAUCUCCGGCUUCGGAAGCCCAGCCGGCAGUGCCAUAGCAUCCCAUAUGGAUGUACGCUGCCUGAGCUUCACUGGUUCCACAGCCACCGGUCAAAAAAUCCAAAUCGCAGCAGCCAAGUCUAACAUGAAAGUGGUUCACUUGGAACUAGGCGGCAAAACACCAGCAAUCAUCUUCGAAGAUGCAGAUAUCGAGAAGGCAGCAGAAAAGACUCAGUUCAGCAUCCACUUCACGAGCGGACAAACCUGCUUCGCGAACUCACGCAUUUAUGUGCAGGAGUCUGUUGCGGAUAAAUUCAUAUUGGCGUUCAAGGAGAAGUUUGGCGCCGCGUCGCGCAUGGGCAAUCCCCUCGAGCCGACGACGAACCACGGACCGCAGGCAGACAAUAUUCAGUAUGAACGGGUUAAGUCGUACCUGGAGAUUGGGGAAGCGGACGGAAAGCUCACGAUGGGAGGGGAUGGUGGAAAGGGCUUCAUCAAGCCGACCGUCUUUGAGAACGUGCCUGAUGACUCUCGGCUUAUGAAGGAGGAGGUUUUUGGACCUGUUGUGGCGAUCAAUACGUUCAAGACAGAGGAGGAGGCGAUUGAACGAGCUAAUGCCUCCGAGUUUGGUCUUUAUGCCUCGGUUUUCACGAAGGAUAUGGAUCGUGCAGUACGGCUGUCUAAGCUUCUCGAGGCAGGUACAGUCGGUGUCAACUGCACGAGUCCCACUAUUGUGAAGGAUAUGCCAAUGGGCGGAUACAAGCAGAGCGGCUUGGGUCGGGAGGGUUUGUUGAGCGGCUUGGACAGCUAUCUGGAGACAAAAACCGUUUUGAUCAGUACUAGCUCUUGA